CCAUUUUCUUGAUAGAGAAUCAUUAGUCGCUGAGUUUGACCUAACUUCCCUCAAGCCUUUAGAAUAAAAUAAAAAAAUAUUCUUCAUAAGAACUUGUUGAAGCUAAGCCUGUAGGUUUUGAUUAGCUUCUUGAUUACUUUUGUUUUUUUGAGGUGUCAUUGCACACUAUGUCAUCAUAGCAACAUAAUCUGAUUGAUCGUUUUGUUGAAAUAUUUACUUUGCUUGGGGGAGGUGGGUCUGAACCAAGGGGGCAACUUCUUUGCUUAAGGACUAAUUUGUACGUACUUUGCUUUGCUCCUCUCAUAUAAUAGGCCGAAGCUUUUUCAUCUCCUAAUAAGUCCCACCUUUCAUCUCCCAAGUCCCACCUUAUUGAGAAAUGAUUACUCUAUAUUAAUUUCUUUAACUCCAUUAUUUGGAGGUAACUAACACUUCUUUUGUUUCAUUUUUAACCAGUAUAUGGUUAAUUAAACGUGUCUUCACUGUUGAGUUCACUCUAUUAAUAAUAGCCACCAAAUAAAAAGCAUAUGGUUGGCUUGAGAUUCACUGAAACUUUGUUAGAGUUUAUGAAAUUUAGCUUUUACUGAAAAUGGUUUGAGGAGAAUAAGUAAUAAAAAUUGGUUGUGAUUAAGACUGGCUAGAGUAGGGGUUUAUGGUCAUCAGUUGAGAUAACCUGCAUGUAAGUAGGAGAAGAAUGAUGAGCCAUUUUGGGCGUUCUUGACCUCUUUUUAGAGAAAAAUUGUAAGAAAAAAACUAAUUAAGAAGAAUUGGUAAUUUAAAACCAAAUAUAAUUUAUUAAUUUUGUAACUUUACCUAAUAAGUCAAAAGUACCCAUGAUCGGUAAGGGGAUUGAUAAGCAUUACCUAUAACUCCUACCACUUUGGCUAAAUUAAAGGCUAGUUUGUUGAAAUAAAAAGACUAAUUUCUCUUAACAAAUCAUCUUUUGUUGAGACGUAACUGUAAUGUUAGAGAUUGUUUUUUACUACAAUAAAAGGUUUGAAACGUUGUUCUUGAAUGUCAACAAAAGGACAUGUCAAAUCACAGAUAGUGGAGUGAUUCAUAGACACGCAUACACCAACAUGUAUGUAUGUGGUAAGUAUAUUUUCUCAUUUGAUUGGUCUGUUUGAGCAAAAUAUGAAAAAUCAAACGUAUCUCAUGAAGAGAUUGCACCGUGUGCUGUCUAGCUAUUUUGAUUUAAAAGGAAUCUGCUUUUUGCUAUUGUAUGCACCAACUCGAAUUAUGAUGUGAUUGGAAUCAAUUGUCUUUCUUUUGUCUAUCAUAUCCACACAUGCGUGCAAUCCCUGCUACUCUUUUUUUAUUAUUAUGUGAAUUUGUUUUUCUAGUUAGUUCUUUACUAUCAAAUAUUGCAAAAGGAUAACAAAAUUCUAAAGAAGGUGUAGUGGGAGCGCAGAUGUUGAAAGCAAAAUGAAUCCAUUCACUUUUCUCUACGUGUUUUUGUUUAUAUGAACUACAACGUAGUUCUGGUAAUACACGUAUACAAAGCAAAUGAAUAGUUAAAAAGGGGACGCGGAUGCAUCCGGUCAAAGAAGAGUCUACGAGUAUGAAGUCUCGUGGAUUCGAAGGGGCGAUCAUUCAUAAACGAUGCAGUUUUACACGGUCAAAGACGAGUUCUACGAGUGUGAAAUGUCGUGGAUUCGAUGGUCAUUCACAAACUACAUGCGAUCAUUCAUAAUUUAUAAACAAUGGAGUUUUACACAAUUUUCAAUUGUGUGUGCAUGUGUUCAAAGCAAAAUAGUCGAAUUUCUCUUUCUUUUUUUGGUAAGAAACCUUAUAGUUUAUAUAUCACAUUAGCUCGAUUUCUUCUUUGUUGCAUUUUCUAAUACUUAAGUAUCGCUUUCUUUAUACAAUUCGACAUGUUUAAUUAGUCUCAUAAAGAUUAAAAAUAACGAUAUACACUUAUACGUUGCAUGGUUUUUUAGUCUUUAAUUUGAAAGCCCUUUUAACAAAAAAAAACUUAUAUGAUUAAUAUACAUACGCAUUAGUUUAAGGCAUAGUAGUAAUCUAUCAUUUCCUUCAUUUGUUUUUCAUUUUUUAAGUAUUGAUUGAUUGAUGACAUUAGAAUAAUAAAUAAAUGGAGUUUUCCUUAGCCCACGGGAGUAAUCAUUUUGCAAAUGAGCACCAUUAACCUUUUGAACAUGCUUAAUUCUUUAUCACAUAUCCAUUUAGAUAUUGUUUAAAACAUACAUCCUAAAACCAAAGUUACGCCAAGAGAAAUUUACAUUUACUUUUUUUGUUAAAGAAAAAUUUACAUUUACAAAUGAAUAUAGUUAUGUUAACCUAUAUAUAUUACUAUAUACAAGUUUACCGAGAGUGCUAUAACUGUAUUGGUUAUAAGCUAUAACUACUUACCACAUGCGUAUGUGUAUUAAGGACAUCAUUUUGACAUUUGUAUUUUGAAAAUGAUUUUUCUCAUCAAUAAACACACAAUUAAAACUUAUAUACGAGAUGAUUAAAAAAAAAUUGCGUCUACAAGUCAUUUCACUAAUAUUAAUAUCAUCAUAAAGUGCUUUCCGUUCGCCGUAUAGUACUUAGCUUUACAUAUCAUACAUGUGCGAGACUAAUUAAUCUACACACUUCUAUUAAUUCUUACAGAACAUACCAUACUAUUAAUUUUUCCUUUAAAAGAAAGUAUUUAAGGGCAAAGUCUAAUAUGUUUGUUAUAAACACAUAAGUUAUAACCAUUGAUUUUAUCAAUCGAAUCUUACGCACUCCGUGAAGUAUUUGCACCGAUUGCUAGCACCAAAUCUAUACAAAUAACCUCUUUAUCUAUAAAAAAUGCUCUAAUAUAUAGAAAAUGAUUGAUAUAUACAGUAUGUCACUUCCUUAAACUAUGCAGUAAAUAAGCCUAAGUUCGCUCAAACAGUAAGGCAACCGGUUAGGCAACAAUUAGGAGCGGAUUGGAUCGAUAUUUUUUAUAGUAACUAUUUAAUUAGGAUACACAACAUAUAGUUUUUUUACGAAUAUGAGAAAAUUUUGAUUACGGUCAAUGAUUUAAAGUUAAAAUCAAGCUGUAUAAAAAGAAUUCUUUUGAUGUUAAAAAAAGAUCCUUAUGGGUGAAAAUCGGAAAGAAACGAGUUAGAUUUUAACAUAAAUGUAAGUCAUCAUGACAUAAGUUAAUUAUUUGAAUUCAAAAACAAUAUUAAUAAUAAUUAUUAAUAAUUAAUAAUAAAUUAUUCUUAUUUAAAAUUAAUCAAAAAUAUGUUAAUUGAUAUUAUAACAGUGUUGGGUCACUUCUGUAUGGUAAAAGAAAGUGACGUUCACUGUGAUUCAUCAUAAUUAAAACUCAUCUAUACUUGCUAAAUAAAGCCUGAUUUUGUUAAUCAGAUAGAUGAUCUUGUCUUAAUCCCGCUGUCUAUGUCUAAUCAUUUCCAUUAUACUGUUGGCUCCCUGCUGUUUUGCCCUGUGCUUCUUAGCAGAAAGCUCAUAUGUUUUAUUUUGUACUAUAAUUUGUUAGAGACUCUAAACAUAGCAUUAUAAAACACAAAAUUAACAGAGUUUUGUAAGAGACUUAUAGAGUUUGAAUACUAUAUAUAUAAUUUUUUUCUCAAAUUCCUUGGACGUUAUUUUAAUACUCCAUCUGUUUCAUAAAGAUCCACGUUCUAGAAAAAAAAUUGUUUCAAAAAAAUUUAUUUUUUACUUUUUUAAUGUAUUAUAUAAUGAAAAAUUGUAAAUUUCAAAAAGGUUAAUGGUGUUUAUUGGAUUUCUAUUGGUUACAAAUUAUGGAAAAUUGUUAUUCACAAAAAAAAAAAAUGUAUUUACAAUCAAGUUUUAAUGUGUUUUAUUAGUAUGUGUGAAAGUCUAAAAUAUGUAUUUUUUUUGAAACGGAGGGAUAGUAACAUUUUGGAUAAUUUGAUACAUUAGACUAAUUAAACUGAGUGUUUGAAACGGUUCGGUUAUAUAAUUAAAAUGUAAAUUAACUAGCCAUGUUGUUUAUAAUCACCAAAUAUAAUUUCUUAUAGUGAUUACACUGGAAACUCAAUUGCCAAUUAAAAGUGGGCUGCAAAAUCAUGGUUAGUAAUGAGAAAUGCUGGUUUAGUGUUAGGUUAAUAAGUGAUAUAGUCUCUUUAGCCGCAUUAUUUGACUGUUCCUUCAUCCUCCAAAAGUCUCUUCUUUUUAACCAUUCUUUACAAUUCACUAACACAACGUUGUUUCUUAUUUCUUGUUUCUGAUUUCUAAAGCUAAAGCCUAUAGUUUCUGCAGGGUUUUCCAAAAUCUCCAUAGCUUUCUUUUUCUUUACUGUUAAAGCUAGAUGGGCUUCUAACCUAAAACUAAUUAAUGUUAAGUGGAGUGGUCCAUCCAUUUUAUAUAUUGCUUAGGAUCCUUCCAAUAUCCGAUGUGAGACAUUUAUCCCUAAUACGUCCCCUCGAGAUAAUAGCUCUUUUAGCGUCAAUUUCGGAAUGUUCGGGCAAAGAUCGAUGGGCCGAUUUUGGGCUGGAUCGAUAAUGGAUCAGAUUGGACUGCAUGGAUCGGGCUCUGAUACCAUGUUAAGCUAGAUGGACUUCCAACCUAAAACCAAUUGGUGCUAAGUAGAGUGACCCAUCUAUUAUUAUUAUUAUUUUUUUUUUGAUAACUCUGGUAUCUGGGCAGCCACAUUCCCAACUAUCCCCCCGAAAGGGAUCCAGCGCCCCAACGGUAGGGAUGUUAAAUCCGUUGUGGCCAAGACUCGAACCCGGGUGGCGGACAGUACAGCUGUACCUCCUUUACCACCAAGCUACGACCGCUUGGUUUCAAGGCAAUUAUUAACCAAAUUGCCUAAAGCUUUAAACUUUGAAUGUGGCCCAUUUAUUUUAUAUAUUGCUUAGGAUCCCUUUCAAUAUCCGAUGUGGAACAUUUAUCCCUAAUAUUUACUCCUACUUUAAAAAAAAAAAAAAAAAAAAAUAUUUACUCCUACUUUCAAAACACAAGAUUCACUACGAGUUCAUCUAACCGCUUUGUUAUAACUUAUAUCUCGCCGUAAAUCAUUCCGAAUGCACUAGAACUUGAGAAUAUUAGUGAUGAUCUCAAAAUAUUCUGUUGUACGACUUUUAGUCCCACUUGUACUGCCACCUGAAACCUUGAUGCAUGUUCCUUUUACACCAAAGUAGAGACAUAUAGUCAUCGGCUAAGCUUGAUUUCCAAGGGUGUCUCCUUUUUACUUCCGAUCACGAUCUUAGGAACGCCCCCAAAAUACUAUUUGUUCUCAUAUCAUUUACGUCUCUAUAAUAACAACCAAACCUCGAAUAAUGUUGUGUAAUCACUAAUCAGUAAAUAAGAAAAUGUGGUCGAUCGAAUGUUGUAGAACGAUGUAUUUUUGCAGUACUACUUAAUUAGACAUUCAUAGGUUUAGAAAACAAAAAAGAAAAAAGUGUAAUGGACCCAAGUAUCAAUAUUGGGUUUGCUGUAAUAGACUACAGAUUUUUGUUGUAGUACUUAAAAAAUACAGAAAAAUAAAUAAAAUGAAAAACAAACAAGACUUAUGAUGAGGGAAGGAACAACUUUAAUCUUUUACUUUAUAAGUAGGGAACACAUAAGUGAAUCUUUGGGUCAUGUCAUGUGAAUAAAGGCUACGUUGCUCUGUAACCCAGCAGUGAUCUCCUAUAACUCUUUUGAUUCAAGACAAAUUCUUAAACCUAACCAUUUUGAUUAGAUCUAUAAUAUAUUGCCACCACCAUGGACCAUUGUCAAGAAGAAAGAUAGCACAGGUUUUUCGUCUAAUGGUUUUAGAUUACUAUCUCUAAGGACCAUUGUUUAUAGUUAGGUUAAUGUAGUCAAUGUGUUACCACUCAAGCUCAGUAUCAUACUUGUUGCUGAGAACCAUUGUUGAUCCAGCGCAUGUAGUUUGGUCAAUUCAAAAUGAACCAUUCAAUGUAAAAUGUUUUUUGUUUCCUUCUAAUCAAAACAUGAAGUUCAAUAUUUUUACCACUAUAUGUUAAUGUUAUAAUAUAAAGUAUUAUUGAAAAAUAAAGAAAAUGAGGUAGAUAAAAGAUGAUUGGUGUUCAUAAGCUGUCGAGAAAGACACGUGGCAAUGAUUGCCAGUUGUCUGCCUCCUUCCUCUCUUUUAAAACACACUUCCUCCUCUUCUCUCACAUCUUCACAAAAGCCUAUUCUUCUAAACAGAAAUGGAGACUUGGGAGAAGCCAAGAGUUUCAUCUUCUAGAGAUCACUACCGUCAACCUUCCUUCUCCUCCACUCUUCUCGACCAAAUCUACCGCUCCAUCGACGACUCCCCUCCUCUAGAAUCCACUAGAAAGAAGAAGCACCCGCACCGUAAUAUUACAUCUCUCCACGAGGAACAUGCUUCAGACAAACUCGUCUUUCACCGCCGCUCCAUCGCCGCUGACUUCGAGAGAUCCCGGAGAACCACCGCCACCUCCAUCUCCUCCGUUUUCCUCACAUAUUCCAACUCCAGCUCCUCUGACUCAAGCGGGCUCUCCUCCUCCGAGCUAGACUCCUUCUACCUACGCUCCAAGUCCUCUCCUCCGCACACUCGUCAACCGAAGCCUAUUCGAACCUCCGUGGUAGAGAAACCUAGCAGCAAACAAGAGCACGGUGGUUUCUUGAGAACCAAGUCAAAGGCGUUAAAGAUCUACACCGACUUGAAAAAAGUGAAACAACCUCUCUCUCCCGGAGGACGCCUCGCUACUUUCCUCAACUCUCUCUUCACAAACGCAUCAAGCAACCAUAAGAAGCUUAAAAAAAUCAACACCACCGUCUCUUCCUCAGCGGAGCAGCCACCACAGUCCUCCUCCAACACCACAUGCUCCUCCACGUCCUCUUUCUCCAGAUCUUGCUUAAGCAAAACUCCAUCGUCUAGCGGGAAAUCCAAAAGAUCCGUAAGGUUCUGUCCAGUGAACGUUAUCCUCGACGAAGACUCCUCCAUCCAUAUCCCUUACGGUUAUAGUAACAAGCUGCAUGGAAACAACGUCGACCGCCACGUCAUGGAGGAGGAGAACCGACGCGUUAUCGAAGCGGCUAAGGAUCUUAUUAGGACGUACCAAAAGAACAAGGAUCAUUUGGCCGUGACAACGUGCGACAAUGUUCAAGAAGAUGACGAGGAUGAUAUUGAUGAUGAUGCGGCGAGUUACGCGAGCUCUGACCUGUUUGAGUUGGAGAAUCUUUCGGCUAUUGGGAUCGAGAGGUAUCGAGAAGAGUUACCAGUCUACGAGACCACUCGUUUGGAUAAUACGAAUCGAGCUAUUGCUACAAGUUUAAUUGUAUAAUAAUAAUGUAUUUAGUGAAAAUGGUUGGGGUGGUUAUAUUAGUUUUUAUAUAAUUUUAAAACGGUUUUUUUCCUCUUGAGGCUGUUCAUGUUUUACCGUGUUCUAAAACUUAUUUUUUCUUCUUUCUUAGCUUCUUUUAUAUUAAGUAACUUGUGUAUAAUAACUAUGUUAAUCAUGGCGUAUUUUG